AUGGCGCCUUCGGCGGAGGCGAAGCGCCUUGAAAAUGUGGAGUCUGGAAGGGCCAAACCUAAGGAGGAGGUGCUGUCAGAGGCCAGUACUUUUGUCAGCACGAACGGUGGAGACCCCAGUGACCAGUUUUUAGUACUGGCUCACUGCAAACUUCAGUUUGGGAAGUACCAGGGCCAGAGAUUUAGAUGGCUCCUGGAAAACUCUCUGGGGUAUGCCGUGUAUUUGGUGCUCAGCAUUUCCACUGAGACAGCGCAGACAACACCCCUGUCACAAAAUAAACAACUGUUCCUACAGUACACUUCUCAAAUUAGAGAGAUGGCAGAAGAAGUGGAAAAGUAUCAGAGGAAGCAGGAAAUGCAGGCAGAAGCCCGGGCAACUGGAGACCAGGGCUGCUUGAUGGUGGAGUUUGGUGACUUCCAGGGCCGCUCCAUGAAAGAUGUUUAUGAGGACCAGAGCAAGGAGGCUCAAGCCCUCAUCAGGUACCUCAUUAAGGCAGAUGCCAGGCCCAAAACCAACAUGGCCAUUUUCAAGACAUAUGUCCUGAAAAGACGGGCUUCUGCUGUGGUCACCAGCGUACGUCAGCCUGCACCUCACGCUGCAACCUCCAGUGCUUCUGCAACCACUGCACCUCCACCUGCACCUAUCCAAACUGGUGUACAGAAGACCGCAACUGUGAAAGCGCUGUUGGCGCGUGGCAAAAAUUUGUCUCCUUCACAGCUGGCGAAAAAACUCAUGUCACCAGUUAAACCCUAUCCAUUAUUGCAGUCCACUUUACCUCCUCCAGCAGCAGAACCCCCAGCCAAACAUUUGACCCCGAUACAGCUUUUCGCUACUGGCAAGUCCGUUCCCACUGCUGAAGAUGACGAUGAGGAGCUGGUAUUUGCUGCAUCACAAUGUGAAGCACAGCUAAAUACAGAGGACUGUGCUGCUCCAUCUCCAUCAGUGGAAACUGCCAAGGCACCAGCUCCUUCACAUCACCGGCCACCAGCUGAGCUUCCAAGUCACUGGAAAGAUCAACUUCCACCUUUCCAGCAUGAGUGGAUCCGGAACACACUGUUUAAGGCCAACCCACGAACCGGCAAGCCAGAACUAGUGUCCCAGCUGAAACUUUGGUGGUAUCCUCCUCAGCCCCCUUUAAUAAACACUCAGCCCCCUGCCUCACCUGACCUCUUCUUCUGUCGGCCCCUUUUCUUAUGGAUGCCGCUGAAGAUGUGGUUAUUUCCUCUCGUCUGUGUUCGCCCAGACUGUGGUAGGCACAGACUAACUGCGGCAGGAAUUUACCGUACCGUGCGUAAGGUCUUGGACAUCGACGGGUGGUAUGACCUUGCCACUGAGUAUCUGGAGUGCAAACGCUGCAAAAAGAAAUAUCCUGCCUGGUCCGAGGACAUCCUAGGACAGCUGGAUAUGGGCCACCGCAGUCAGUUUCCAGCUUUGCUGACAUACAGAUACUCAUGUGACAACCGGGUGCUGAGGAUGAUGAGGGAGAGGACACUGGGCAACAGUGUGACUCAGCUUUACAGGAAGCUGAUGGAACAGCACAGUGAGGCAUGGACACAGCGUGUCUUGCAGUACCUGACUGCCUGUGAACCAUUCACAAGGUCCUCCCUUGUGCAGCCUCCUGUGUUUGCUGAUCCUCCACUUUUACCUGCUUUGCCUAAACCUAAGUGGCUGUUAGCCGUGUAUGCCAGGGAUGUUCUGGGGCGACUGCACGAGGUCAAGGCCAAAUUAACAUCUGUCUUUGGCUGUGUUCUCAUGAUGGAUUCGACAAAAAAGGUCACAAAGAAACUUGCCGGUGCUGCUUCAGGAACAGCUGCCUGGUGCACAAAUGUCGGAAACGAACACGGCCAGGUCCUUGUCUCUGUGCUGACAGCUGCCGAGGGACAUGGACUGGACUCCAUGGCAGCUGGUCUGAUGAAACGCUACCGAGAGGCAGGAGAGGCAGCCCCAAAAGUGAUGUACGUGGACAGGGACUGCUGCAGUCAGUACGGCCAAUCGCGGGUGAAGAUCAUGUUUUUGGAGUGGGAUGAGCUUGUAGUGCGCCUCGACAUCUGGCACUUCAUGCGGCGAUUUGCUGCAGGUGUCACGACAGAGGCUCAUCCGCUCUAUGGGAUCUUCAUGGCACGUCUGUCCACGUGCAUCUUUCAGUGGGAUCCAGAGGAUGUGGCUGCUCUUCGCUCCGCAAAAGAGGGUGACCUGGCGGCAAAGAAGACUGGCCACAUCUCAGAAAAGGCGGUCAGUGCUCGCAUUACCCGGAGGGAGUUGGCACUGCACUGCCGGAGGAGGACCAGGGGGGUGGAGGAGACCACCAGAUUGAUUGGGUCACUGAUUGAUCAGUUUGACAGUGCGGAUGGGAAGGACACCCUGGGAGUUCCUCUGCUGGACCACGAACGGAUCCAGCAGAUAUGGAAGGAACAGCGCAAGCACGUCCAGUGUAUCCAAGACCCAGAGGACUUUCCGCUGUACAUGAAGACAGGGACACUGAAGAAAGGCGGCGUGGAGCUGUGCUGCUACAGGUGUGCUCGUGGCUCUACCUCCUUGGAGUCAUUCCACCUCCACCUGAACCGUUUUAUUCCAGGAACCAGUGCCAGCGAUGCGCAUUUUCAGGCCUAUCUCCUUGAGGGCUUGAUGCGUUGGAAUGAUGACCGAAUGGAAGACGCCAUAAAACGGGCGUCCUCCAUUCGGACAUAUGGCAGUGCCAUGAGCGAGGCUGUGGACCGGCUUAGCCGAACAGUCUUUGGGAAGCCCUGGGAUGAGCGCUAUCGCCCUCCUGGAGCAUAUACAGGUGAAUUGCUGGGAAUCGAGUACCUUUACAGCCAGACUGGCAAAACACUGACUCCAGUGCUCCAGAACCCAGAGGAGGAAGACCGGUUGGUGGAGGAGGUUGAUGAUCAGGACCUGCUAGAUGAGGGGUUUGAGGAAGAGAGCAUGGAGGACAUCACAGUUCCAGUGCUGUAUGAGGAUGACCCCUGCCUCAGAAACACCCCCUCAUCUUUGCCUCUGCCUCAGUCCCCAGCAUCACUGGCUGAGCCGUCCACAUCAUCUGGAGGAGAGGGACAGCAUCUCGCCCCUGCCUCUUCAGUGCUGUCACAGACAUCUGACACUGGAAGCAGUGUCUCCGGCGAGGCUCAGGGAGCAGUCAUUGGACCUGAUGGCAUCGCUGGGUGGGACAAGGUCCAGGAUCUGGCUGGUUUCCUGGUGGGUCUUCGUGAGGCUCCUUACCUCACCGACCUGCAGGUUACAGAGGCCAUCCAGCUGUGGACCGCUCUCCCUGAUGUUGAUAAACAGCGGGUCAACUAUCAGCCUCGACAUCAGCCUCAGCUGACACAUGGGCGCUUUAAGGCACCGAAGCGGUCCGGAGUCACACCGGGUGUGGAGAGUGUGAAACGGUGUCUAAUUGGACAUCCUGGGGGUCCAGCACAGUGGCCCAGCACCAGCCGCUUGGUUGAGGCCAUUUGUAUGAAGCUGUGUGCUUUACACAAGUCACCGACCAAGAAGGCUGGAGUUUCCACCCCCAGGUGGUCUAAAAUCCUUUCGGAUUACCACCACAUCCGAGAGCUGGUGCUUAACAAUCAAAGGCUGAUGGAUGAAACAAUGAUCCAGCUGUUUGAGCUGAACCAGAGGACACUCAUUCAGUGGUAA